AUGGGUGUCACCAAGUUCAUUAUUCAACAUGGCAGUGGCGCUCAGCCUAAUGUUGGCCAGACUGUCACCAUUGAAUACACUGGAUGGCUCAAGGACACCAGCAAGCCGGGUAACAAAGGCGACAAGUUUGACUCUUCUGUCGGUCGUGGUGACUUCGUCACGCAAAUUGGCGUUGGCCAGGUCAUCAAAGGAUGGGACGAGGGUGUCGUUACCAUGAAGGUCGGCGAGAAAGCCACUCUCGAUAUUACAAGUGACUAUGGCUACGGGUCGAGGGGCUUCACCGGCCACAUCCCUCCCAAUGCUGACCUGAUCUUCGAUGUGUACCUCAAGAGCAUCCAGUAA